UAAAAGCGCUGCACAGCUGCUUAAAAAGCAGCCGGUCCUGGAUGUUUACAGCAUCUUUGUGCUAUUCGCACAGCGAGAAGCUGCGCAGGUGUUUUAAUGUCGCCAAUAAUUUGAAUAACUUUUCCUUGUUUGCGUUUCUUUGCCAUGUUUCCGAAUGGACCGAGUGUUUUAAAGAAAAUGUGAAAAUAUUACGAGAAUUACUACGCAGUCCAGGCUGGGAUUAACAUUUUUGUAUUCAAACUAACCAUUCAAGGAAAUGCCUCCCAACAAACGACUACAGAAAAAAAAGCUGGAAUUAGAAUGUGAGUGGGGUACGUGUCAGGAGUCGUUCAGUAAAAUGGAAAUAUUUUACGAGCAUGUGGAGGUUCACUUGGACGCUGUGAACAUGGCGGAGGAGGAUGAAGUCGAAACACAGGCAGAGAGAAACUGUCUUUGGAGAGACUGCGGCUUCUACUCUGUGGAGUGCCCUGAAGAGUUCCGGCGACAUCUCUUCUUUCACUGUUACCAUACCAAGUUGAAACAGUUGGGUCAGCAGGUGCUUAGUGGUCAGCCAGAAAUUGGCACGUGCUCCAUCGGCUCCCAGAACCGCAACAUUGUCCCUGAAAUCCCAGACAAUUUUACCUGCCUAUGGGAGGACUGUGAGCAACCACCUUAUGAGAAUCCAGAGUGGUUCUACAGACAUGUCGAGCUUCACACCUUGUCUAUAGACAUACCAGCGGGAGACUGCGAUUUCCCUGUACGCUGCGGAUGGAAGGAUUGCGAUGCCACCGCUAAAGGACGUUCUAAGUUGCGGGACCAUCUACGAAGACACACCCAGGAGAAGGUGGUGGCGUGUCUGGGUUGCGGAGGGAUGUACGCCAACAACACAAAGUUCUUUGACCACAUCAUUCGACAGAGUGGGAUGGAAGGCCAAAGGUUCCAGUGCUCCCACUGUUCAAAACGCUUUGCAACCGAGAGAUUGCUCAGAGAUCAUAUGAGAACCCACGUGAGCCACUACAAGUGCCCGUUGUGUGACAUGACAUGUCCGUCGCCUUCAGCGAUGCGCAACCAUAUCAAGUUCCGCCACAGCAACGAGAGGCCGUACGUCUGUGAAUUGUGUGAAUACAGUUGCAAGAAUCUGGUGGACCUGCGUAAACACCUGGACAGCCACAGGAUCGAGCCGAGUUACCGUUGUGAUGUUUCUGGCUGCACUUUCGCCUCUCGCACUCUUGUUACCUUGAAGAAUCACCACAAAAAACAGCACGAGGGGAAUUUUAUAGCUCGCUACAAAUGCCACGUGUGCGAUCAGUGCUUCACCAGGGGCAAUAACCUCACGGUCCACCUGCACAAGAAACACCAGUUCAAAUGGCCGUCCGGACACCCGCGGUUCAGGUACAAGGAGCACGAAGACGGCUUCUUCCGGCUGCAGCUGAUCCGCUACGAGAGCGUGGAGCUGACCGAGCAGCUGAUGCGAGAGAGGCAACGCGGGCACGCCGAGGAGGCCGACGACGAGUCCCCCGGGGCCGUUCCUUCAGAGACGCAGGUUGAGCUGAGAGGGCUGCUACUGGAGGAGCAGAAGGCGGAAGCGCCGGCCGUCAGCUGUGAGGAGGGCGGUCAGGAGGAGGGCAUCUUGUUCUCCAUUCUCACUGGAGGUUUGACACAGGCCGCGGACAACACCGUCAUACUGCAGUUUCAAGCUGCUCCUCAAGAAGAAGACGCGCAGACAGUUUGAACUCCACUCAAGUGAUCCGUAUGUGAAUCCAAGUGAGCUGGCCAAUGUUUUUGCUUUUGAUUUGUGAGUGCAAAUUUGCCAUUCAGGACAACCGCCACAAGGUGGCAGCAAACACAUUUUGGCAGAAGGUGACUAAUUGCUGGAAUGCCUCCUCUUGCUUGAUGCUAGCAAUUUAUUAAAAACUCCAUAGACGGGUUAAUGAUUAGCAACUAUGGUGGCGGUUUUAUAACUCUAAGCAAUUGAUAUUCAAACACAAACGUUGUUCAUCACAAUACAUAUUCUUACUAAUAUUGCACCUCGCCGAGUGCAGUGGUGACGUCAUCGCGCUCACGGAGCAAUUAAAUGUGUAUCCCAAGGCACCAAGUUUUGUUUCUAGCUCAGCCGAAACCCGGUUUCAGUGAGUGGUAAAAUUUGAGCAUAUAGUUGAAUUAUUUUAUCGUCAAAUUAACACGCCUGUAUUAGACGUGACAACCCCCUCGCCCCUCUCCAAAUGCCUAUCUUGCUUGCUGACAUUGUGGACAACCAUAUUGUCUGUAAUUUUGUAUGAUUACACCUUGAAUUCAUCCAACGCGUCUUACCUCCUACAACGUAGCCUCACAGAGUUGUGUGAUCAUUUUCCCAAACAUGAAGGUGGCAUUGAUAACUGAUCAAAAGGAAUGUGAUAUGUGAUGACGACCCCAUUGUCAUGAGCACGUACUGUAUCCAGAACCUAAAUUAAAAUGCCGUUUCCACUGUUGUGCUGUGAAA